AUGGAAGUUGAUACUGGCAGAGAUCAAAUGCUUGAAAAAACUGUCAAAAUGAAAGCCGCAGCUUUAGUAUGUGUCGUCCUCAUGCUCGGCGUUGGAAACACCAAGGCCGAUUUCUUCGAUGAUCUCUUCGCCCAGGUCCUGAAGCCAACUGCUGAACAGCUGGUUCAGGUCGGCCAGAAUGCCCUCCUCCAACUCCUCCAACAAGGCCUCAUCAGCGGACUCGGAAAGCGCGGCGUUGACUUCGACCCCGUCAAGCUCCAGGCCUUCCUCGACAAGGCCAAGGAGGUCCUCGGUGAAAAGUUCGAGCCCCUGAAGGAGACCAUCCUUGAGGGAUACAAGGAGCUCAUCGAAUUCGCCCAGAACGUCAACUCUCUCUCCUGGGUGAACAAGGGUGUGACCAAGCGCGAUCUUCACAAUGCCGUCGACAUGAUCGUUGCCAAAAACCAGGGGAAACUCCGUGAUGCCUGGACCGAUCUCUUGGGAAACCUCGGAAACAUGGGAAUCGGCCUCCUCGGACAGACUGUCGCCACUGGUCUUGGUGAACUACAAAACAUUCUCAACCAGGGAGUUGGAAAUCUCGGAAAGCGUGAACUUCGUGAUGCAUGGACCGACCUUCUCGCUAACCUCGGAAACAUGGGAAUCGGCCUCCUCGGACAAACCGUCCAGACCGGUCUCGGUGAACUCCAGAAUCUCCUCAACCAGAAUGUUGGAAAGCGUGAACUCGAACUCCGUGAUGCUUGGACUGACCUCCUCUCCAACCUUGGAAACAUGGGAAUCGGCCUCCUCGGACAAACCGUCCAGACUGGUCUCGGUGAACUUCAGAACCUCCUCAACCAGGGAGUUGGAAACCUCGGAAAGCGUGAAAUCGAUCCUCGUAUCGUCAUCUCCGGACCCCUGAUCGCCAUCGGGACUGGUCUUGCCACUGGCGUCCUUACCCCACUCAUCAACCAAGGAAUCAGCGCCAUCGGCGACGCCCUCGGUGGUCUAUUUGGAAAGCGUGAUCUUAGUGCUAUUGAUGAGGCUAAGCUCCGUGACAUCUGGUCCGACAUCCUCAAUGUUAUCGGACAAGUUGCCCCAGUCGUUGUCCAAACCAUCCCAACCAUCAUCUCCGCUAUUGGCAAACGUGAUCUUGCACAAGCCCGUGACGCAUGGACCGAUCUCCUCGCUAACCUCGGAAACAUGGGAAUCGGCCUCCUCGGACAAACCGUCCAGACUGGUCUCGGUGAACUCCAGAACCUCCUCAACCAGGGAGUUGGAAACCUCGGAAAGCGUGAAAUCGAUCCUCGUAUCGUCAUCUCCGGACCCCUGAUCGCCAUCGGGACUGGUCUUGCCACUGGCGUCCUUACCCCACUCAUCAACCAAGGAAUCAGCGCCAUCGGCGACGCCCUCGGUGGUCUAUUUGGAAAGCGUGAUCUUAGUGCUAUUGAUGAGGCCAAGCUCCGUGACAUCUGGUCCGACAUCCUCAAUGUUAUCGGACAAGUUGCCCCAGUCGUUGUCCAAACCAUCCCAACUAUCAUCUCCGCUAUUGGCAAACGUGAUCUUGGUAUUGAUGAGGCCAAGCUCCGUGGCAUAUGGUCUGACAUCCUCAAUGUUAUCGGACAAGUUGCCCCAGUCGUCGUCCAGACUCUCCCGACCAUCAUCUCCGCUAUUGGCAAACGCGAUCUUGCACAAGCCCGUGACGCAUGGACCGAUCUCCUCGCUAACCUCGGAAACAUGGGAAUCGGCCUCCUCGGACAAACCGUCCAGACUGGUCUCGGUGAACUCCAGAACCUCCUCAACCAAAGUGUCGGAAAGCGUGACCUAACCAACACCAUCUCUACUGCUCUUCAGCCACAUAUUGAUAAUGCCGUCGCUAUUGCCGGUCAGGUUGGAAACACCAUCCAGGGCCACGUGAACAACCUGUGGAACACCGUCCAGUCCCUCGGUCAGCUCCCAGACAAGCUUCAGACCCACGUUGAUACCAUCACCGGACACGUACAGAACAUCAUCGGACACGGAACCAACGCCGUCUCCUCCAUCCAAGAUGUUGUCACUGAUAUUCUCAACCAGACCUUCCAGAACAUCGGGUCCAACGUCCAAGGAAUCGUCUCAACCGGAGGUGACGCCGUCAACACUGCCAUCAACCACGUCUCUGGAGGCGGAAACUAAGAUGCCCUUUUCGUUUUUUCUGUAUUUUCGUUUAAUUAAAAAGAUAGAUUAAAACAUUUUGGCUCGACCCAGUUUCUUCUAUUACAUGAACAUGUGCAUACAUCGGCAGACGAAAGUAAAAGAGGACAUUUAGGUACUUAUCCCCUUUUAUUGAUUAGAAAUAUAACUAAAUUGAUUAUUCUUUUGUGCUACAUGUAGAUGACUGAUGAAAAUUCGGAAUAUCCGUGAGAAC